AUGUCUCUCGCAACGGCAGCGGCGGUCGCCGCCGGCAGCUGGGCCACAGCUGCGUAUCUAGACGCAAAGUUCCACCUUCGAAAGGACCUCGAAUUCCUCGGCCGAAUGAGGCGCGGCGCAAGGGAGUAUGAGCGCGUGGUCAGCGAGGACAAGGUGUGCAUCUGGUACGCUCUAGAGGAGCAGUGCCAGAAGAGUUGGAACAACCGCGCAAUCUGGACGCGGGAAGGAAUCUACACCUUCGGCCAACUGUACGAGGAAAGCCUCCGAUAUGCCCAGUGGAUGCUCGAGCAGGGCGUCAAACCCGGUGACCUGGUCGCCAUGUACAUGACGAACUCGGCGCACUUCAUGUUCGUCUGGUUCGCGUGUACGGCGGUCGGCGCGGCUCCGGCAUUCAUCAACUACAACCUCGAAGGGAAGGCGCUGAUGCACUGCCUGGACGUCUGUCAGUCGAGACUGUUGAUCGUCGAUGGGGACGCGGGCUGCCAAAAGAGGAUCAGCCAGAGCAAGGCCGAGAUCGAGGCUCGAGGCACCAAGAUUGCCGUCCUCGACAGCAGUUUACAGGAGGAGAUCGGUGCAAGGCCCGUGGUCAGACCUGGCGAUGAGCUUCGGAAAGGCACCAAAGGCAGCUUCCCGUACUGUCUGAUAUACACCAGUGGAACCACCGGUCUUCCCAAAGGCUGCGCCUUCACCUUGCAAAGAGUCUACGCCAUGAAUGGCCAUAAGCAACCCAUAUGUGGCGGCAUUCCCGGCAAAGACCAAUGGUACAAUGCCAUGCCUCUAUACCACGGCACCGGCGCCAUUUCGUCGUCGACCUCGCUGCUUCAGGGUUUGUCGAUUGCCAUUGCGCCGAAGUUUUCUGUCUCACGGUUCUGGAACGACGUUCACGACUCCGGGUCAACCUUCUUCAUCUACGUAGGGGAGACGGCGCGGUACCUCCUCAACGCGCCGCCUCAUCCGCUCGAACGAAAACACAACAUCCGCUGCGCCUACGGCAACGGGCUACGGCCCGACGUCUGGGAGAAGUUCCAGACGCGCUUCAACAUCCCCGAAGUCGGCGAGUUCUUCAAUUCCACCGAGGGCAUAUUCAGCCUGUUGAACUACGACAGGGGUCCCUACCUGCGCGCCUGUGUGGGCCACCACGGGCUGAUUAUGCGACUGAUGCUCCGCAACACCUACAUCCCCGUGCGUAUCGACCACGAUACGGGCGACGUCUGGCGGGACCCGAAGACGGGCUUCGCACAACGAAUGCCCUACGAGGAAGGCGGCGAAAUGAUCGUCGCCGUCCCGAGCAAGGAAGCAUUCCAGGGCUACUGGCGCGCCCAAGCCGCCACAGACAAGAAGUUUUGUACCGAUGUGUUCAAAAAGGGGGACAUCUACUACCGCUCCGGGGACGCCCUGCGAAGAGACCCCGACGGCAAAUGGCACUUCCUCGACCGUCUGGGCGACACCUUCCGGUGGAAGUCCGAGAACGUGUCCACGGCCGAGGUGGCACUGACGAUAGGCCAGUACCCCGGCAUUGCCGAGGCCAACGUCUACGGCGUGCUGGUGCCCAACCACGAAGGCCGCGCAGGCUGUGCGGCCAUCCAUCUCGACCCGAACCACACGGGGGCUCCAGCCGAUUACAACGACCUGCUGAAAUACUUGCGGGCGCGCCUACCUCGAUACGCGGUCCCGGUGUUCCUGCGCAUCGUCAGGGAGAGCACGCACAUCCACAACCACAAACAGAAUAAAGUCCCGCUGCGGAAGGAGGGGGUCGACCCGAAACUCAUCGGCACAGAAGCGCCCGAGGGCAAGGGCGACGCGUUCCUGUGGGUGCCUCCCAAGGGCGAUCACUAUGUGCCGUUCAGGCCGGAGGAUUGGGAGAGGUUGGUCAACGGACAAGCCAGAUUAUGA